UAAGUUUUUCGAAUCUACGUAUGGCUUGCAGAGCAGUUGCGCUCAAAAAUGUCUUCAAAAUCCAUUUUGUGUUGGGUACAACUUCAACAAAAAACAAAUAAAGGUAAACUGCCAGUUGACGCACACGUUUGAUCAUAUCUUUCAUGAUUGCAACACCAAUGACAAAGGCUGGAUAUUCUAUCAUCCUCUAACACCAAAAACAGUGCCAUGCAGUAAAAUGAAGCAUUGCAAAAAUGGUGGAAAGACGAUCAUUGAUCUUCGAGAUGGCCCGAGCUCUGAUCCUUACAGAUGUGAAUGCCCAAAAGGAUUCAAAGGAGAUACUUGUGAAAUUAGUGAUUUGGAUAGUUCAUUGAUAUUGUCUGCUGAACCAACCUUACGAAAAAAGUUAAUUGAUUGGGUUGGAUCAAGCAGAAAAUGGACGAUUUGUUGGCGGGCAACUAGAGACGGAUGGUCUGCCUCUUCGUUUCACACUAAUUGUGACCACAAGACGCCAACUUUAAUUAUUAUUAAAGUUGGUCGAUACAUCUUCGGAGGUUAUGCUAAUUCAUCGUGGGAAGGAAAUGGAGGAUGCAAACGAGCCCCGGGUUCGUUCAUUUUCUCAUUACGAAAUAAAGAAAGUCUCCCGCCUUUCAUAUCGCAACUGAAGCAGGGAAGAAAAGGGUAUGCAAUUCACACCAGCUCAAGCGUUGGACCAGUGUUUGGAAAUGGUCAUGAUAUUUGGAUAUCGAACAACGCUGCCUCGAAUUACGACUCUCAGACAAAUUUUAACGUCGGCUAUCAAGCUCCACCUGGCGUCAACGACACCAGAACCAUACUGGCGGGAAGUUUCAAUUUCUCUCCAUCUGAAAUUGAAGUAUACUACCUAUUGUAAGCUGAUUAGAUACUUAAA